AUGGGCAAGAACCAACGCAAGAAGGGGCCGCUUCGAAAAGAGCCAGCUCCUACUCCUUUGUCAGUUCCCGCACCGAGACAAUGGCAGCCCUCCAAAGACUUGGCCUCGAAAGAUAUCGACCUGGGCGUCCUCGAGUCUGUCCUUCAUGUCGACUUUCCGCUCCUCGACAGCGCACUCAUCAGCGCCAUGGUCCAAGACUACGCGAAUGACGGCAUGUUGGCCGCGAACGAAGCCGUCCUCCGUGACCAACUUGCCGCGCUCGAAGCGCACGUCGUAGCCGACGCAGCAGACGAGGCGGACAACGAUCCUGCGCCGAGCCAAUCCCUCCCCUCCGAAACAGAUAGUUUACCCGUCGACAAGCUCUCCGUCUCCCUAUCGCGCACGUCGCGCUUCGCUCCAUCGCAGGCGCCAACCCCCUCCGGUACCUCUUCCUUUCCCUCACUAUCUUCUCACCCGUCGUCGGGGUCCGCGUCCCGCUCAAUAACUGACGACGACGACCUUGAGUCGGAGAAGGACUUUCUCGCCGCCCUCUUCCCCUCCCUGUUGGCCAAGGACAUUGCCACUGCCCUCGCAGUCGAGCACUCACUCGAGGAUGCAGUGGACCAUCUCCUCUCGAUUGAGGCGAUACGCGAGUCGCAGCGUAGCUGGUCGUGGGGCGACAAAUCACCAGAAGAAGUGGGCAAGUCGGAAGUCGUGAUGCGGCGGGGCAGCUCGUCCUCUGGAAGAAGCGGAACAGGCACUGAGACACCUGUCUCUGCCUCUACACCCGUUCCAGCCACCAAGGUAAAGAAGAAGAAGAAGAAGAAGACCAUACCUAUAGUCGACACUCUGCAGCGAAGACCACAACAGCCGCGCAGCCCGAUCGCCCGCCCCACCCCGUCCAAUAUCUGGGCAACGCUGUCCAGCGUGGCGGCAUACUUAUCGGACAUUCUGCCGCAUACCCACUGGCAGUGGUUCCAGACGUACCUCCACUCUCCAGACUACAUGUCCGCAUACGAGGCCGUCCUCGCGUCACUCAAGCAGCUCUCUCUCACCUCUGGAGUGCCGCCGUCGCCCGAGGUCGUCGACGUGCUUGAAGAAGUGUUUGGGCCCCAAGAUGAACUGGUCUACUGUAUCGGCGCGGCAGCCGGGGACACGGCCAUCGCACUGGACCUCAUGAACCUCCUCACCGACCUGCGUACAUGGGACGACUACGAGGCGGCGAGUACUGAGCGCGACCCGUAUCACGUCCUCGCUGGAUUCACGUCACGCUCACGUCCGACGAGUGGCUCGAGUUCGCCUGCGCCUUCGCUUCCAGCCACUCCCAACCCCUCAACGCAAUCAACACGCGCACUCAACGCUAACCGCCUCACUCGACCGCCUCCAAAAGAGACCAAGGAGAAGACAAUAGCCGACCGCCCCAUCCCGGGCUCGGCGGCCGUGUCAACAAACUUCCAGCCCAUACACGAGGCCAACCAGCCCUCAAACUCGAACUUUGGCGGCCAAAGAUCUCAGCCAAAACCCAACUCGGCCGUGAAUGUUGCCUGGUCCGGGACGAGCAAGAAACGCGCAGCGUCGGCCAACGCCACAGUCACACCGGGCCCGCGAGGCCUGGGCACAGUGACGGUGCGUACGACGGAGAACGCUGCGCCUCCAAGCAAAGCGAACGGGAACGACAGUAGAGCGAAUGGUUCUGCGAAAGCAGGGUCCCGCCCAAGCGCCGCGGCGAGCCACUUCACCCGCGCAGACGAGUGGGACGAGAAGCGGAAACACGCGGUGCACCGCGCAACGGCAGACUACAAUGCCGCGCCGAAACACCUGCGCGGACAAGUUAUCGGCGCGUAUCGCCUCCAAGCGCGCGAGGCUGCCGCACAGGUACAUGUUCACAGACUGGCAGGCGCCCGGGCCGUGCUGGACGAGCAGCGCUCCCACAGCCCUAACACUAUCGAUCUGCACCUUCGCACCGUUGCGGAGUCGACGACGCUCGCCCUCGAGGCUGUUGAAGCUUGGUAUUCAGAGGGCGGGCGAGGGCACUUCCGCGUCAUCACGGGUCAAGGCCGGCAUUCUGUCGGACAGCGCGGCGUUAUUGGUCCUGCAGUUGCUAAUGCUCUCCGUGGGGCGGGGUGGCGCGUCGAGGUCCAUCCCGGAUAUCUUACCGUCAAGGGACGGUGA